AAAGAAGAGAAGCUAUAGAUCUCAAUUGAGCCCAUAUUUCUCCCAUCUUUCUACAGCAAAUUAAACAUGGCUUCCUCUUCCUUCUUUCACCCAAACUUCAUCUUACAGAUGCAGAAUGAAGAAGACGCUCUCAAUCACCAUCACCAAUCCUCAAAUCUCACUCCCAUAUUCCUCGCCUCCGAUCCGCAAGGCAUCUCCAUGGGGAUGGCAGCAAUGGCGAGAAAGAGAUCAGUAUGCUUUUCCGGUAACUUGGAGACCUGCGAAGCAGAGGAGGAGGUCUCCGAUGACUGCUCGCAGGCGGGGGAGAAAAAGAGGAGGCUGAAUAUGGAGCAAGUGAUGGCAUUGGAGCAGAAUUUUGAGCUUGGGAAUAAGUUAGAGCCAGAGAGGAAAUUGCAGCUUGCAAUGGCUCUCGGGCUUCAGCCAAGACAGAUCGCAAUUUGGUUUCAGAACAGGAGAGCCAGGUGGAAGACGAAGCAAUUGGAGAAGGAUUAUGAUUUGCUGAAGUUGCAGUUUGAAGCCAUUAAACUUGAGAAUGAUGCUCUGCACGCUCAGAACAGGAAACUUCAGGCUGAGAUUUUGGCUAUUAAAGGAAGGGAAGCAGGAGAGCUUCUUAAUUUGAACAAGGAAACUGAAGGAUCCUGCAGCAAUAGAACUGAGAACAGCUCUGAAAACUGCAGCCUUUUAAAUCAGAAUAAAAAGAUAGAAUUUUUCUCAGCGAUCCGACAGCCGAUGAUCUCGCAGUUUGUACAAGGCUCAUCAACUCCAGAUCUGAAUUGCAGCAAGAUUGAAAACGGAAUUAAUGAUGAACACUUUAGCAACUUGUUGUCUGGAAUUGAAACUGCAUUCUUUCAUUGGCCUGAUCACCAAAAUCACCAUUAAUAAAUGCUCUCGAUUACCAUUUUCACCAUGCAUGGUUUCAUUUAUCAUAUUGGUAAUGUUUAAAAAGUUUUUUUUUUUAAUUAUUGUGAGGCGAAUCAUAUAU